AGAGAAACAAGAAACAUGUCGAAUUUGACGAGAAUUGCAAUUCCUCUGAUCCUCAUCUUGGUUCCAUUAGCGUGUUCCCUUAAAUGUUACAAGUGUGCCACAUCUUCCGAGCAGAAAUGCGAAAGAAACCAGACUUUAGAGGGGUGUGCAGAUUCUUCAUUCCACUGUGCAACAGCAAUGUUCUCUCAAGUCGGCCAGGAUGGAACGUUGUUCAGUCAGACAUACAUGAAGAGGUGUUUGCCAUUACCGUUCAUAAAAAGUUAUUGUGCCAGUUCAAAUCAGUCGUCCUCGGGGCGUCUCCGUAACUGUUCAAUAUCAUCCUGUGACGUGGACUAUUGCAAUGGGCCGACCCCAACAACAACAACCGUUCGAACGGAGGUCGACACCACCACCAGUGAAGGCACAAGCCAGGAACCAGAUACAACCCAGCGGGGACCUGGUGCGAGAGCUGGAAGUCCCUCGACAGUCUUUACAUCAAGCGCGGUUGGUCUGAUAAUGACCGUUUUUGCCCUCGGCAAGAUUUUGGAUAUUUGCUCAUUUAGCUGAGAUAAUCCCUGGUUUAGGUGUUCAGUGCCUCCCAGACUGUUCUUGUUGUAUAGCUUACAUCCACUGUUCAAAAUAGAAUAACCGUGAUAGCUUAAAGGAGCUCAGUCAGGGUAUUUUGAGUUAUUUUAGCCACGUACAAAACUACCUUUAAAUUGAAGGAAAU